AUGGUCGCGGCCGUACGCUCCAACACCAUCCACUUUGUGUCUUCCCUUUGCCCCAUUCUUCUUGCCAAUCCUGCUGGUCCUGAGCCAUUACUUGUCACCGGUGGAGGUGUUGAUCUGUCGCCCUACUAUUGUCACAAGCUCUCCUACCAAGGUAUUACGAUUCUGUCCAUGUCUAAUACCGAGCUUCGUGCAAUGUACAUGCGCAAUCACCCUCCAAUAGCCAACCCUCGGUGA